AUGGAAGACGAUCUGUUCCUGCUCGAUUCGGGCAAUCUGUUCCUGCCGGAAGAUGUUUGGCUGGACAGCCUGGACCUCCCGGGGCAGGUUCCCCUCUCUUCUACUUCCCCUCCCCAGGCCGAAAGCAGGACUCUCUCUCACCGGACGGGGGCGGGCUUGGGAUUGGGGCCCUCCCUGAGAGAGAAGCUGUCGAGGGCCCUCUGCUGGAUCAGGGAUUCCUACCGAGACUGCGAGGUUCUCAUUCAGGUCUGGUUGCCCACGGAGGGCGCCGAGGGGCUCGUCCUCACGACGAGCUGCGAGCCCUUUGCGCUCGCCCCAGGCUGUGAGAGGCUCCUGAACUACAGGGCGGUCUCAACCUGCUUCCAGUUCUCCGCCGGGGUGAACUCCGGGGUGGCACACGGCCUUCCCGGGAGGGUUUUCCUGGGGAAGCUCCCCGAGUGGUCGCCUGACGUCCGGUACUUCAGCAACUACGAGUACCCUCGGGUCAACUACGCCCAGCAGUGCGACGUACGCGGGUCGCUGGCCCUCCCCAUCUUCCACCCCCACCGUGGCGGCGGCGGUGGCGGCCCGGCCUCCUGCCUGGGGGUCAUCGAGGUGGUGAUGACCACCGAGCGUAUCAACUACCGCUCGGAUUACGAGCACAUCUGCAGUGCUCUUCAGGUUCGGCUUCCUGUGGGAAUCAUCCGAGUAGUGAUUGAACCAUAGAACUAACCUCCAGGCGGCUUCUUGCAGGCUGUGGAUCUCAGUAGCUCCGAAGUCCUGAACGCUCCCCGCGUAGAGGUACGCUGCUGCUACUGCCACGAAAGGAAUUAACCAGAUUGGGAAAGAUACGAUAUGGCUACAGUACGGGUUUUUAGAUUAAUUUAGUUAGUUUGACCUGUAUCUGAGAGACGGCCGGGGUCUUCUUGUGUUCAGGCGAGGAGCGAUUUCCGGCUGGCCGGCUUGCCGGAGAUAGCGGCGGCGCUGAGGACGAGCUGCCGGGCUCACGGGUUCGCACUGGCGCAGGCCUGGAUUCCCUGCGCCCAGCAAGGGAGGAGCGGCAGCCGGCACUCCGACGGGAACUACGAGGACUGCGUCUCCACCGUCGAUGCCUUGUGCUACGUGAACGACCCGGUCCUCGCCGGCUUCCACGAGGCCUGCUCGGAGCACCACCUGCUCAGAGGCCAGGGGAUAGUGGGCAAGGCGUUCUCGAUGAACCGGCCCUGGUUCUCUUCUGAUAUCACCGCCCCGAGCAAGACGGAGUACCCCCUCUCCCAUCACGCCAGGAUGUUGGGGCUGGGAGCCGCGGUGGCCGUCUGUCUCCACCGCGGCGCUGCCACGGGGAAGGCCGAGAUUGUGCUGGAGUUCAUCUUUCCCAAGGACUCCCGCCGGAGAGAAGAGCAGGCGGCGAUGGUCAACGCAAUGCUCUUCACCCUCCGGCAGGCUUGCCCCAGUUGGCGCAUUCUCGCAGCGAGAGAGCUCGAGGAAGAGAGCCUCCUGCAAGUUAAUCCACAACAGGCUUCGGCUUCAAGUGAAAAUGCUCAAGAGUGUGGGUAUUAUUCUAGUCCUGCCGGGGACAAGGCGAAGGGGAAGAGGCUUACCAAAACAGAGAAGACGAUCAGCUUGGAGGUUCUUCGGCAGCACUUCUCUGGAAGCCUAAAAGAAGCCGCUAAGGUCCUUGGAGGUACGUAGCUUCUCCUUCGAGUUUGCCUUAUUAUAAGUGAGAAACGCUGACCUGGGCGUGCCCUGCUGAAAUAAGAGGAAAUGACUCCAUCCUUGGUUCUCUUGUAGUUUGCCCCACUACUCUGAAGCGGAUAUGCAGGCAGCAUGGUAUAACCCGGUGGCCUGCGAGAAAGAUCAAGAAAGUUGGACAUUCGCUGAGGAAGCUGCAGGUGGUGAUCGACUCCGUCCAGGGGAUUGACGGCGCCGUCCACCUCAGCCCCCUGUACGACGAUGUCCGUAGAGCCCCCGGACAGGCCGAAGAAGAAGCGGGGAAGAAGAAUGUGAUCACCUCCUUGUACCGGAGUGACGAUCCAGAGCUCUCGAGCACGCCGAAUCCUCCUUCCUCUCACAGCCAAACCUCUUGCACUUCCGGCUCGAGCCGCGGCUGUUCCAGAGGACAAGAGCAGUGCACCAGCGUUUUCGAUGGCCCAUCAGAGGAAGCUCCAUUUGUGGAAGAAAAUGGGGGAACAAUGAUGAGAUCUUCUGAUGAACUCGAGAAGGAUUAUCCGACUGAGGGGACACCAGCAACUGGGGAUCGGCUUAAAAUUUCCGACUCCCUCGGUGACCAUUCUGAUCCGAAGACUCUGUUUCAGAAUGGUGCUCGUGGCCUGCCAAGAGUGAAGGCCAUGCUUGGGGAAGACAAGAUUAGAUUUAGCUUGAAGCCCAACUGGGGCGUCUAUGAAGUAAUGCAGGAGAUUUCCAAGAGGUUCAACAUCAGCGACAUAAACUCGAUGGAUCUAAGGUACUUGGAUGACGAGUCAGAGUGGGUCUUACUCAGAUGUGAUGAUGAUCUCAAGGACUGCGCCGAUUUGUACAGGACAUCUCGCAUUCACACGAUCAAGAUCUCUGUCCACCAUGCUGAUCGUCCAAGCUUCAUCCCCUUUGGCAGCGAGGAUUCUGAUCACCUGGGUUACUGA